AUGAUGUCGUGUAACGGGUCGCGUUUCCCCGACGUGCCUAGCACCCCAGAGGCGCAAACUGCAUACGAAGAUCCGCCUGAAGGCCCAGAAACCAAUAUGGCAGGAAAAAGCGAGAUAUCGGAAUUUGAAAAGCAGCGUUUGGCAAACAUUGCCGAACGUGAUGCGCUAUUGAAGAAACUCACGCUAGAAUCGCAAUCCUCGGGCCUCUUCGCAAGCCCUAAGACUCCCAGCAGCAAUGCUGCAAAACCGAAAAAGCGCCCGGCGCCUAAGGUAAAAACCGAAGAAGAAAUCACGCCUCGGCGGACCUCCUCACGCCUCAAGGGCAUUGCCGCUGAGAGUGAAGUAGCGAAGCGCAAGGCCGACGACGAGUAUGAGGCGAUGCGCGAAGCGGAUAGACUGAAAAGAAUGCGCCGGACGGACUCGUUUAGUCAGGCGGAUAUGUUUGUUUCGGGCCAGAAGCUCAGUCCCGAUAGCCUGAUUGGAGUUGAUGUCAUCACCAAGGGUGUUGCAAUGCCCUAUGAAAGGACGUUUGGGGACGACGAUAUCGAGAAGACAGCAGACAAGGAGCUGAAGGCCCUUCGGGAGGAGAUGAGUGGACUUCAAUUGUGGGAUUCAUGGGAUCCGCAACGGAUUAAGAUCACCCCGGAGCGUGUUUAUAGCAUGACCUUUCACCCAUCUGAAUCUAAACCUCUCAUUUUUGCGGGCGACAAAAUGGGUCAUCUGGGCAUGCUGGAUGCGUCGCAAGAGAAGCCGGCGGCGAAUGAGGACGACGACGAAGAUGAGGAUGAUCCCGAUCCAAUCCUCACCACACUCAAGCCACACACCCGAACGAUCAGCGCAAUGAUGAUCAAUCCCUCAAAACCGACACAUUUGUACACGGCAAGUUACGACAGCUCGAUUCGAGCAUUGGAUUUGGAAAAGAUGGUCUCUUCAGAGAGCUAUGCUCCUGAAUCCACCAACAUCGACGAAGCAAUUUCCGGAGUAGACAUGGCUCCCGAUGACACUAACACUCUGUACUGGACUACACUCCAAGGUGGAUUCGGGCGAUAUGACACUCGAACACCGCGGAGAGAUAGCAAUGUGUCAACCUGGGAUCUUUCGGAUAAGAAGAUCGGUGGCUUUACACUGUGUCCCUCCCAGCCCAACUACUUCGCCACGGCAAGUUUGGAUCGAUUUCUGAGAUUAUGGGAUUUACGCAUGCUCUCGGACGACACUCGCUCUCCCGUUGCCGAACAUGAAAGCCGUCUCUCGGUUUCCCACGCAGCUUUCAACGCUGCUGGCCAGAUUGCUACUUCUUCUUACGAUGAUACGCUGAAGCUAUACGACGUGGGCGCAAAGGGACUCUCUACCUGGAAGCAAGGCCACAAGCUUUCAGAAAAGGAGUUCACUCCGGACACUGUCGUCCGCCACAACUGCCAGACUGGCCGCUGGGUGACAAUUCUCCGGCCUCAGUGGCAGCUUAAUCCCCAGUCCCCCAUCCAACGGUUCUGUAUCGGAAACAUGAACCGCUUCGUUGAUGUGUACAGCAGCAAUGGUGACCAGCUUGCUCAGCUUGGCGGUGAUGGGAUAACUGCUGUUCCUGCCGUGGCUGUGUUCCACCGUAGCAAGAACUGGGUUGCUGGUGGCACCGCUAGUGGCAAGCUCUGCUUAUGGAAGUAA